UUGAUUGAAGCGAAUAUUCAGUCCGUAUACGCAAGCCAACCUGCUCACUCACGUCCCAUCUAAGUCCUCAAGAUUUCCCGAGUUCCGAGUUCUUCAACCAGCUUUUGAGCAUUUCCAAAUCAAUAUGAUGAUUGCCUCGACAUGCCUUUUGGUCACUUUAACGAUCUUAAUCCAUGGACAAGUUAGUAACUCCCAUGUCGUCACUGCACGUCAAGCAACUGACUCGUUAAAGAGUGAUACCCCAAGAAUCUCCGUUGGCGAAAUGAAUGAUCGUAUGGAAUUCGAUGAGGGUUCCGGAAUAAUGGAAACGAUGAUAAAUGUUGAAGAAUGUCUCGGAACGGGUUUUCCAUUUUUUCCCAUUUCCCUGCAGAAUCCGAGUGGAUGCUUUAUUUUCCAGACCACUGGAUUUAACAUGGGGGGAUAUCCGAAUUAUUCAGGAUCUGCUUUUCCUUCCUACGUUUGCUCUUACUUCAUUCAGUUUGGGGCUACUGUAAGUGGAACGGUGACCGUUAAAGAAAAUGAUUUCCAGUUCCAAGAACCGGACAGUAAUGGAGAAUGCUUGGAUUUUGUAGUAAUUUUUGGUGUGAACGAUGCACAGCAACAAAACGACAAUAGUGACCCCGAGGACCGAAAUUCGCGUACAGAUGCCAUUGAAUAUUGUGGCACGAUUACAGGAGACAAGAUCCGCGCUUUCUCUGGCGAUGAACUUUUCAUUCGAUUAGCCGCCGACAGAUCAGUGAACGGCAACGGAGCCGAGAUGGUUAUUUGUAUUAAUUGAAAGAGUUGGGGGUCAAAAGCCCAAUUCUAUGUUUUUGCCACUUUUAUGAACUAUGAAGGGAUUAUUCUGGUUGAUUUGUUUUUCUUUUAUUUUGACAGACUUCAUAGUUUCGAACAUGUAGAUUAAAUGAAAUAUUUGGUGUUCAUGUGAGCGAGCUUUGUGUGAAAAUAAAGAACAGAGAAUGA